AUGAAUCUCGGGAACACUUUCACGACGACGUUAGACGUCUCGGUUUGGAAUGUGAUCCGUUUCGUAGGAAUCAGUCUCUGUGCCACAUCUAUCUUGACAUGGCUAAUGACGAAAACUUCAGCGCUACGAGCUGGGGCAAGGAUGCGGGCAGGAAUACCUGUCAAGCUAGUCCCAAGACACCACAUCAAGAGCUCACUGGUAACUGAGUCCGAUGCGUCUGAUAAGCGCCUUAGGGCUAUAGUCAAUCUGUCCAUCAUAACUUUGCUCAUUGCGGAGAUAGCGAUGGAGUUCGGGUCGGGUUCGACUCAAAUUGGGAAGGGAAUUGCCAGAGAUGUGGGAUACGAGAAUCUGGACCCCGGGAUUCGGCUCAAGUUCUCAUAUGUCCCUUCGGAGGACGCACGGCCUAUCAGCGUACCCUACGGCAGCCUUCCGCAAACUUAUUCGGUCAGGGAAAGACAAUGGAGCGACAUUCAGGCUCUUAACCUCACGCUAUCGGAAGCGGACGUGCUGCGGGGAAAUUCCGGAGAUCAUGAGCUGGAAGAUUUCCACCUUCCGAGUGAGGAGAAGGCCAAGUGGCUCAGAAUCACGGUAGGUAAGUAUCCGAUCGUCACAGGGUCGAACGCUAAUGCUAUCUGUGCGGCAGGAUUUAUGUGGAUCUGGGCACGAGAUAAAUUGUUCACGCUUGCAGGCAAAGACAACCUUGGGAACGAAGGGUGCCCGCUGGAAGUACUGUUGAGUGACUCCACAAUAGGGGGUAUCAAUCUCGCCGCCGCUCAGGAAGUCCAAUUCGUCUUAAGGGAGCCAUCUGAACCCGAGAUUUUAGCCCCUUGUACUACAUUGUCCAAUGUGCCAGCGACAUUAAAUAUCCAAUGCCUUCGUGACGGCGGUGAACCCCCCCGAGUGGAAUGGCGGAGGCAGAACUGGAUAGUGGGCGCCGUCAGUGAGCUGGAAACUUCCGAAGUUGUGGUGGACUACGGAGAAAAAAUCGAAGAAGAAGAAGCGGGCGAGAUCAGGUCGGUUGAAGCGAGUCGUAGCGAGGCUGUGCCAGGGCGUCAAAACUCUCUUAUAAUACGUAGAGAUAGGGGCGUAGAAAUCACCCGCAGACAAUUCUCUUUUGACUUCAACUGGGCGAAUGAUUCAAUCACAAUCUGCGUGAGGCAAUUGUGUCACUUUGGCGAUUUCAGCCCAAGGUUAUGUCGCAAGCGUCGGUGGCGUUACCGGAUGGAGGCGGUAUCCGCGUUCAGAGCUCUUCAACUGUCAACGGUCAAUGUUGGAAGGGCGUGGGCGGUGAAGGAGUCCUGGCAGCAUGACUCCGAUCAAACCAGAACUCCGGUCCUCUGGCUAAGCAGUGACUUGGGCUCCGCCAACGGCUAUCUCCGAUCUGAGACGAGAGAGGUUGCCACUCUGAGUCCGCUGUUCUUCUUGGGCCUGGGGUUAUUCACCGCCAUGGUAGUUGUCUCGUCUUGGGCCCACCUCUACUUUAGUGUAACCUCGCGGAACGUACCGGCUAGCAUCAGAGCAAUCACAAUCGAUCAGACUCGGAGGAUCUUAGCAAUGUCCAACCUCACCAGAUUCAACUGUGGAAAGAUCCCGGCUUCAGCACCAGAAACUUUGAUCAUGCAAACAGGAGACAUGCAAUGUCAUCUGGAGACUACCUACCAAUGUACCACAAGUCGGUACUGUCAUGAUAUCGACGCCGAGAAAGGGUUGUUACUACUGGGACGCGCUCCAUCAGUCGUGAAACCUAACCAAGAAUUGGGGGAUAUGAGUGAUGAGAAUAAAAAGCGGGCGGUUACUAGUACUCACGUUGCGGUCGACGAAGCGGCAGAAAUCCUCCCGGCGAGACGGAGAGGAACUGAGACGCCUAGAUCAGCGAUUGCAGUCUACAAGGAGAGCAUUUUCCAGUCUAGGCCGAGAAAGGGUACCCCGGAGGGGAAGUUACUUACGGCAUAA